AUGACCAACUUUGGCAGUCUGGUUUCUCUCUUCUGCUGGUGUGGAGCGAUAGUGGACACAGCUCUGGAAGUGGCGAAGAUAGAUACCACUGGUGAUCGUAACGCUGCUGUGAGAGAGGGCAUUAACCGUCAUUUGGUGGCCUCACCGGUGUCCUACGGCACUCCAGCUCUGCUUGAUAGUGCUACCUUCUACUCCCCCACGUCUAUUGCUUGUCGUCCUGGUAGUGAGAUCUACACAGCUGAUUUGUUGGGCUCGAGACUCCUAAGCUCUGCAGUCACUCGUAAGUGUGGUCUCGCUAACUCCAUCAUUGAUGAUAUAUUCAUCCUGGAGAAUGGCGAACUCGGUGCUUUGUCGAGUGGGAAGGUCAUACAGUGUGCUACUGGGGAGGAGGUAGUAGCAUUGGGUGAGUCCGCACCCCAGCCUAGACUUAUAGCGCAGUCCGCGACAGGGGCCUGGGUUGCCAUAGCUCGUGAGGAUGGCCAGAUCUACUUCAACAAUGGUAGGACCUCUCAGUGGUAUCCUGGCGUAUCGAAGUACGCUGAUGCGUUGUCUGUUCAUACGGCGGGGGAUAAUGCUUACGUACUCCUCCCGAACUCUGAGGUAGAUGCAUGGUCUAUGAUUUUUGGAAGGCUAGUAGGCCGAGCUGAGAUCCCUGGUACGGAGGGCGCUGACAUAGAGGAGACCUAUCAGUACAACAGAGAGCUCAAUCAGGAGCGUAUCUUCCAGUUGCAGAAAUUGAGGGUUAACCAGGUCCAACUGUAUCGAGAGGAUCUCAGAGAUCUAUUCGAACUGACGAUUGGUAAGAUGGAUAACUACCUCGUUAUCAAUACCCUCACUCUUGGAUUCGUCAUGGGAUUCUACUACGAAGCCAAAACUCCGGAGGAAGGAUCACCGUCAUGGCUCAUCUUCCUAUGGGCCCUCAACCUGGCUAGUGCUGUCUUCUUCCUGGUCAUGUCCAUCUGGUUCUCUAUUCACGCUUCCAUUACAGCACAGACCUUCGCCGUUCGUCUGUUAACGCAGUGGAUGCGUUUGCCAGUUCCUGGCCAGGAGCAGAUUAACUCGGCCUGUGCUGAUCUGAGGAACUACGAACGCAAGGGGCUCGACACUAUGUUCAGAAUACCGGUUAUGUCUAAUUACGUCCCUGUGAAGGGAGCUCGGGCGAAGGAAGAUAAUGAGCUGAGAGAAGCAGCUCCGAGGAUUCUGGGAAGCAAUACGGCUACUGAAGACCUCGCUACGGACUAUAACAUAUUCGUGGAGCACUUCUAUUUAUUCAACCGAUUGAAGGAACAUUGGCAAGGCUUCGAUGCCUAUGCGAGAGUGUUCAUGGUCCUCGGCACUAACCAGCUCGUCAACGUGCUCUGUUACAUGGGUCUCAUGUUCUACUUCAUCGCCUACAACUUCUGGGGUCCGUGGAUCUUCAUCCUUCUCAUGUUAACAUUCAACCUCAUUCACGAGAGGAUGAAUCUUUUGUUGUCGCCUCCGGAGCAUUGGACCCUUACCUUCUUGCAAGUCGCAGGUCCUAUUCUAGCUGGCUUCGCCGCGACGUUUGACAUCACGUAUCGCAUUAGGAUGGAGAGGGGUGUCCCUGGAGAUCAUGAUGGAUGGCUAGAGACUGUUGACAUCCUUACUCCUAUUAUUUACUUCCUCCAUUUCCUCUUCAUUGGAUACUUCAUAAGCUUGGGUCUCGAGCCGGACGGAGAUCUCCCCACGAAAUUCUCAAUGAUCAUGUCGAUUGACGUCCUGGGCCUUGAUGAGGAGCAGAGGCAGCGAAACACGAGGCACAGAAACACCGUGAAUAAGGAAGAAGUUCCGGUGUCCAAGCUCAUUCCACGGACUGGCUCGGUUAAAGUAGCUGAGAUGAUUCGCAAGCAGAAGACGAGGGAACUUGGGCAGUCACUCAGUUCUAUCCCAGAGGGCUCCCAAGCCUCGUCAACAUCCUCUACUGCAGCGCCCAACGGUGGGAGUAACAGCGGCGGCUCUGAAGGGCCCCAUCGUAUUGGCCGCGGUAUCACCAUGCAAGCUGAUACCUUGGCUAUGGGUCGGGCAUUGCAAGCUGAGGAGAAGCCCAGUCUGACGAAGACCUUUCGUGAGAACUCUGCCAAGGCGAAGAUACUACCCUGGAGGAUAUAUAAGGCAGGUGGUGCGGUUGUUGCCGCCCUUUGGCUCUUUGGAGUGGGGUAUACUUGUGCUGUAGCCGCUGGUGCUACAGAGUGGGGUUGGAACAAUAAGGCCGGCCUCGUUGAGGAAGGUGGGGAAGAGCACCGGAGGUUGUUGGAGGAGUCCUGUACGACUUUCCAGAGUAGCCGACUUAACCUUUUGGAGCCUGGCCCGUUCUUCUACCCUACUACAGUGGAUGUGGUGGACUCGAGCUUGGUACUGGGUGAUGAGUUCAAUAACAGAUGGUCAUUCCCUGCUAUUGGUGGUCGAAUGCAUGAGGAGCCUACAAGUGCUGCUGUUCAAAACGUGAAGUACUCAGUGAACAGCGGCAAGGUGUAUCGUAGUGUUAACGGCGUGAGGAUGUCCGAGUUGCACGUCCCCUAUGGUCUAGUAUCCGGGAGAGCAGUGGGAGCUUGUGGGGCCUCUAAUGGGGCAGCAGCCGUGGUAACGGACAAGGGAGAGCUCCUUACAUGGACGAGCCGAGGUAUGUGGUCCGGAGCAUCCAAUUUUACUGGACCGAUAUCUAGUGACAAUCUGGAUGUGAAGGACUGUGCAUAUAGAGAUGAAGAUCUGCUGGUCUUGGGUAAUGAUGGCAGCACAGGAGAGGCGCAAGUUUGGGUCGCUAGUCGUGGUUAACGUCAGAGCCUCUAUGAGGCCUUUGAACGAUUGCUCUUAGUGAAGAUCAGUGACUCUAUUAUGAGUAGUGUCCUAUUGCUUGCUGCUGUUAUAUCUACGGUUAAUCGCUUCGG